UAGCAUUGGUCUUCCAAGCAAUAAUGAAUCAUAUUUCCAGAUGGAUUUUGAGAGUGGACAAGUGGAUCCACUGGCGUCUGUAAUUUUGCCUCCAAACUUACUUGAGAAUUUAAGUCAAGAAGAUUCUGUAUUAGUCAGAAGAGCACAGUUUACUUUCUUCAACAAAACUGGACUUUUCCAGGAUGUAGGACCCCAAAGAAAAACCUUAGUGAGUUAUGUGAUGGCGUGCAGUAUUGGAAACAUUACUAUCCAGAAUCUGAAGGAUCCUGUUCAAAUAAAAAUCAAACAUACAAGAACUCAGGAAGUGCAUCAUCCCAUCUGUGCCUUCUGGGAUCUGAACAAAAACAAAAGUUUUGGAGGAUGGAACACGUCAGGAUGUGUUGCACACAGAGAUUCAGAUGCAAGUGAGACGGUCUGUCUGUGUAACCACUUCACACAUUUUGGAGUUCUGAUGGACCUUCCAAGAAGUGCCUCACAGUUAGAUGCAAGAAACACUAAAAUCCUCACUUUCAUCAGCUAUAUUGGGUGUGGAAUAUCUGCUAUUUUUUCAGCAGCAACUCUCCUGACAUAUGUUGCUUUUGAGAAAUUGCGAAGGGAUUAUCCCUCCAAAAUCUUGAUGAACCUGAGUGCAGCCCUGCUGUUCCUGAAUCUCCUCUUCCUCCUAGAUGGCUGGAUCACCUCCUUCAAUGUGGAUGGACUUUGCAUUGCUGUUGCAGCUCUGUUGCAUUUCUUCCUUCUGGCAACCUUUACCUGGAUGGGGCUAGAAGCAAUUCACAUGUACAUUGCUCUAGUUAAAGUAUUUAACACUUACAUUCACCGAUACAUUCUAAAAUUCUGCAUCAUUGGCUGGGGUUUGCCUGCCUUAGUGGUGUCAAUUGUUCUAGCAAGCAGAAACAAAAAUGAAGUCUAUGGAAAAGAAAGUUACGGGAAAGAAAAAGGUGAUGAAUUCUGUUGGAUUCAGGAUCCAGUCAUAUUUUAUGUGACCUGUGCUGGAUAUUUUGGAGUCAUGUUUUUUCUGAACAUUGCCAUGUUCAUUGUGGUAAUGGUGCAGAUCUGUGGGAGGAAUGGCAAGAGAAGCAACCGGACCCUGAGAGAAGAAGUGUUAAGGAACCUGCGCAGUGUGGUUAGCUUGACCUUUCUGUUGGGCAUGACGUGGGGUUUUGCAUUCUUUGCCUGGGGCCCCUUAAAUAUCCCCUUCAUGUACCUCUUCUCCAUCUUCAAUUCAUUACAAGGCUUAUUUAUAUUCAUCUUCCACUGUGCUAUGAAGGAGAACGUUCAGAAACAGUGGCGGCGGCAUCUCUGCUGUGGUAGAUUUCGGUUAGCAGAUAACUCAGAUUGGAGUAAGACAGCUACCAAUAUCAUCAAGAAAAGUUCUGAUAAUCUAGGAAAAUCUUUGUCUUCAAGUUCCAUUGGUUCCAACUCAACCUAUCUUACAUCCAAAUCUAAAUCCAGCUCUACCACCUAUUUCAAAAAGAAUAGCCACACUGAUAAUGUCUCCUAUGAGCAUUCCUUCAACAAAAGUGGAUCAUUCAGACAAUGCUUCCAUGGACAAGUCCUUGUCAAAACUGGCCCAUGCUGAUGAAGAUCAGACAUCAAUCAUCCCUGUCCAUCAGGUCAUUGAUAAGGUCAAGGGUUAUUGCAAUGCUCAUUCAGACAACUUCUAUAAAAAUAUUAUCAUGUCAGACACCUUCAGCCACAGCACAAAGUUUUAAUGUCUUUAAUGUAACAAAAAGAAAUCAGUCUGCAGAAAUGUGAAGAUUUCCAAGCAGUGAAAACUGCAACUAGCAAUGUAAAUGUGCUGUUACCUAGGUAACUGCAUAUAUAUAAGGAAUGUAUUUUGUUAAGAAGGCUUUUGUGAAAUUCAUAAUUUUUCUUUUUAAUAUAUUUCUUCCAUGGAAGAGUUGUCAUCAUCACUAAAACUUCAGUACUGAGAGCAACAUGACUCAGUAGCCACAGAAGCUAUGAUUUUUAAAAUGUAUAAUUGAAUUAGAGUAAUCAUAAUUCAGGGGAGACAUUCAAAUUAGAGACAAGGGAGAAGCAACACUGAGGAAGACCCUAGAUAGAGCUCGUUUUAGUCCACCUAGUCAUUAUAUCUGGAUGUACCCAUUUUCUGCGUCUUCUUUCUCAACAAUAAAAAAUGUAACUAUUUUGAAUGCCCACAAAUCCCAUUCCAGUGUUACUUUCCGUGAAUGCAGUACCAUGUUCUCAUUUUCAAUGACAUUUCAACCACAGGCAGAAAAGAUUGUUUACUGCUUGACCCAAAGAUUAAAAAGGAUUUUUUAAAUUAUUUUAAAUAUUAUGCCUUCAGAACCAUAACAUGCUUAAGAAAGUUUUCCCAAAAUAUUGACCUAGUUAAAUGAGGCUAUAUGAAUUUCUAAUAUUUUACUUAUUCUAUUCAAGGCAUAGGGCCAAAGCAUUAAGUAUAAUUUAAUCCCAUACAUUCGAGUUAAGUUUAGUGUUGAUGUUCCAUCAAUGUGGACUUCCCAGGAGUUGUUUAAGAAUGAAUCUCUUAUACCUCUACUUUUGCCCCUCUACUGUAUAUUAAGCCCAUAGGCUUGGGGGAGGAAGGAGAAUUUCCAUUAGGCAAGCUGUAUGCAGUGGAAUUUUCCUUUUAGGAGACACACAAUUGAGACUCUCUGGUUCUGUCCUUGCUUUGGAGACUUUAAGACAUUUCCUAACACACAAAUGAAAGCCUCGUAUUUCCCCAUUGAGAGUUUUGUUCCAAGGAAUAUGAAGUGAGACAUAUGGGUGAGUCAUAAUAAUCAACAUAAUUUAUAAACAGCUGUGUCUGCAAUAGCUAGUCUAAAAACUACUUGUGUGUCAGUCCUCUGGUUAUAGUAUAUAAGAGCCUAAGGAGGUCUGGCAAGAUAAAUGGUGUAUUAUUUAUGGAUCGGCUGCUGCAUAGGAGCCUUGCAUGCUAUUAUGCAGCUUACCUAACUCUCAGACUAUUCUGAGUAAUGCUUGCUUGCUAAUGAAUGUAUAGGAGACCACACCAGAAUUGUUCUUAGAUGAUGGAAUCCAUGCAGUUUCUUAGAAAUCGGUCUCAGUGCAUGCUGUACUUUUUCACAUUUGCUCUGGGUUAUCUGGGAAGUAUCAGGUUCUGGGAGGCAACAGCAUUAAGUGAUAAGAAAAGGAGACAUUCUGGCAAAGCCAGUCUGCUUAAACGCAAAGUCCAGAACCUGGGACCUAGAGGCCUUCCUCUCUGCCCAAAAAAAACAGGCAGUUUGCAGUCUGAGACAUGGGAGAGCUUUCAGGCUACACAACAACCCUAGAGACCUCUCACCUUUUGCUGAGCUUCAAUCAGGAAGCUAUUUGCCCGGCUCCAGCAGAUGAUGAGAUAAUGAGGUAGCGGGUUUUUUAUUACUGUUCCAUUUUGCAACAUCCUGCAACACCAUCCUGGGGGACAAGAGCAUUACCCAGCAUGGCUUUCACAGGGGAGGGUUAUAUUCAGUAGAAAAGAAUAGUAAAUCUAAGGUCACUGAGAUUCACUACAGCAGAGCCAAAUCCUUUUCAAUAGGCGUAUAUUAACAGGCUGCUUAUUUUGGCAGAGGUUACAACAUAUAGAUGAAAAUGAAUCUUAGUCACUGAAUAUUCAUAUACAUUUCCCUCAAUACCUUAGACAUUUGUGGUAGAUUUUAAUUAGUUAGCUUUCUAACUAGUCAGAUUUCUGCCCAAAGUUCUUAGUCAAUAGUAAUUAAGAUAUAGCUUCAAAAAUGGCUUUGCUUUUGAUUUCUACUCAUAUUCAUAUGGCUCCAGAAAAUUUUUUUUUCAUAUUUGACAAUGUCAGCUCCACUUUAGAAAUUUUCAAUAACCAGAUGAGAAAAAAUUAAGAAAUUGCUCAACAGAAACAUUUGUAAAUGGAUUUGAAAGAUUGAGCCAAAUUCUGUCGUCAGUUCUAAGCAUGCAGUUCUCACCUCCAUUUAGGCCCCUAUCAGAUGAGGGUCAGGAAUUUAGCUGGGGAGCUUAAAUUUAGUUCAGCCUACCUUUGCGAAUAGCAUCAAUUCAGACUCUCUUUUCAUUAUGUUUUCUUUUCUUUUUCCCUGUUAUUAAACUACAUUGUGUUCGAGUCGUAGUCUAGGAUCCUGAGAUAUUUUCCAUUCUUGUCACCAUUUACUUGCAUUGUAAAGAUUUUUGUCUAUUGUUGGCAUAGAUUCUUUUGUACAUAUUUAUUUAUUUGUGUUUAUACAUGUCAAUUGGUUUCCUCUCUUAGCUUGAUAUUGCCUAGCUUUGUUGUUUUAAUUAACUUUCUAUUAGAGAGAGACUGUAUAUAUUUUUUCUAAAUACUUUGUGAAAUCAUUUUUGGUAGCAAUAUCUUUGAAUAUGAUGAAUAAAAGUGACUGUGAGUGCAAAUAGAAUUAGCAGUGAGAAGCUACUCUAGCUAAUUUGCCAUUUUACUUAAAUGGAAAGUGUUUUUCAAAUAAAUACUUAUGUUGUUCACAUUCCAAGUUAUUCAA